AUGGAGAUCGAUACACUUGGUGAUCGUCGGCGUACACCUUUGCAUGUAGCUUGUGAGAAAGGACAUAUUAAAUUAGUCAGAUUUCUUCUCGAAAAUGGUGCAUCAACCACAAUACGAGAUGCUCGAUGCUACAAUUGUUUGGAAAUUGCCAUUACUGGACAACACGAAGACAUCGUUAAGAUACUUUUCGACCAUCCGGCAUGGCGAGAAAUGAUGCGAAAUGCUCAACCUAUUGAGCAAUCUGAAGGCUUUGAUACACCUAUGCGAAAACUUAUUCGAUAUUUGCCUAAUGUAGCUGUUUGGGUCAUAGACAAUAAAUUUACUACUACAAUCGGCGGGCCUGGACAAAAAAUACACAAAACUAAUUAUGAUUACGAAUUUUAUGAAGAUAUGCAGAAAGUUCAUAAAUGGUAUCUUAAGGUACCGUUGAUAAUUACAACGCUACGUUAA